AUACACAACUGAAGGAUUAGCAGCCUUUGUUGCCUCAUCCUUUGUUUUCCACUUAGAAAGAUUCCCUGAGCCAAGGCACUGGCGCUGUUCUCCUAGCACAUCACACCUGACUUGUGCUGGGUGGGACACCUUCACUCCAGGGCAAAUGGGCCCUCUUUUGGUUCUGAUAGCGGCAGCUAUCUGGCAAGGCUCAGCUUCUCCCAGAAUUUACCCUAAUCGUGACAUUCUGAAAGUGAAGCAAGGAAAAUCAGUUGAAUUACUUUGCUCAGGGAAAUUCCCUGUUGAGUGGAUCGGUAUCCAGAAUGGGUCCACUGUGAUGGUGUAUGACAAUGGCAUCCUCUACAUGCCUAACACUAGUUGCAACCAGAUGGGAAGCUACCAGUGUGCUUAUGUCAACAAACCAGAAGAGGGGAUCAGUACUAUAUAUGUGGCUGUGACAGAUCCUGAAUCGGUGUGGUGUGGCCUUCACGGCGUAUAUCCUUCUGUGGAAAGGGGCAGCGAUGCCUUGAUUCCAUGCCUGAUUGCUGACCCAGGAUUCACAGGCAACAUGACCCUCCUUAACAAUUCUUCUCCAGUUCAUUCAAGAGUCUCCUUCAGUCCUAAGGAAGGAAUAUGGAUUCACCAAGUAGACCUGAGUGAUAUAGGGAUCUAUGAGUGUAAAGCCCAGGUUCAAGGAGAGUGGGUGAUUUCACGCAGAAUUGCUCUUUCCGUCUCUGACAACAAUCAGCCUUUGACAGUUACUAUUGGAGGACUAGCAGACCAGGUGCGGUUACAAGGAGAACCAUUCAACAUUUCCUGCAGAAUACAAUAUUACUCUUAUGAAUAUAAUGGCAGAUGGAUCUAUCCCUCUCCUGAAAAUGCCAUCUGCAAUUUAUCAGAAUUAGAUUCUGGAGUUCCUCAGUCAUACAUCACUGAUUACAACCUAUUCAUUCCAGCAGUGCAGUUACAAGACAGUGGAAUAUAUACUUGCCUUGGUGAAGCUGGACAAUUAUUUGUGAAUGUUUCAGCUACUCUCCAGGUGCUAGAGAAAGGGUAUCUGCGCUUGUCCACAUUACAGAACAGAAUUCAGGAGACAAACUUGCAUCAAAAUCUGUAUAUUCAGGUGCUCAUUGAUGCUUACCCUAGACCGUCGACGUAUAGAUGGAUACGUGUGAACCCAUCAGGAAAGUCCACAAUCACCAGCCACAUGAUUUUUGGUCAUCAGAGUGUUUUGCAGUUAAUAGCGCUGGAAAUGACUCUGAUUCCAUCAUACUUUCUGUCGAUAAGGUUAUUGGAAACAAGAAUGAAAUCUCCAGACUACUUUGUGCAGGCUUUGGAGGCACAAUGGGUUUCCUUCUUCUGUGUAUCAUCAUCUUGGCCUAUAAAUAUAAACAGAAACCAAAAUAUCAAAUCCACUGGAAGAUUAUUGAAGCCUCUGAAGGAAACAAUUACAUCUUUAUUGACCCCACCCAGCUUCCUUACAAUGAGAAAUGGGAAUUUCCUAGAAACAACCUGCAAUUUGGCCCUGUCCUUGUAAUUACUGAGUAUUGUCCCUUUGGAGACUUGCUGAAUUUCCUGAGAGAAAAAGCUGAGCAUCUCAUAAUUGAGGGUUUAACCUUGGAAUGCACUCUUGAUAACUUGAUAGCUGAUUACAAAAAUAUCUACCUUGGAAAAAAGUAUGUCCAAAGAAGUGAUAGUGGAUUUGGAUGCCAAAGUGUUGACAGUUAUUUGGAAAUGAAAUCGGUCAUAGCAUCGGUACCUAUGCCACCACAAGGAACAAAGUUGGUAUCAACUGAAGGAAAAGGAGGCCUCUGUUCUUUUGAUCUCUUGGAUUUGCUGCAGUUUUCCAACCAAGUGGCCCAGGGAAUGACUUUCCUAGCUUCAAAAAAUUGCAUCCAUCGAGAUUUGGCAGCACGGAAUGUGCUAGUGGCUGAUGGAUUAGUGGCCAAGAUCUGUGACUUCGGCCUGGCUAGAGAUAUUGUGAAUGACAGCAAUUAUGUUGUGAAGGGCAAUGCUCGCCUCCCAGUGAAAUGGAUGGCACCAGAGAGCAUCUUUGAAUGUGUCUACACAGUACAGAGUGACGUGUGGUCUUAUGGCAUCCUUCUCUGGGAGAUAUUCUCCCUAGGAAGAAGUCCCUAUCCUGGCGUGAAAGUGAAUAAUAAGUUUUAUAGCCUUGUGAAAGAAGGAUAUCAUAUGGGGAAGCCAGAUUUUGCUCCAGAUGAUAUGUACAAUAUAAUGACGGCAUGCUGGAAAUUGGAGCCCACUCAACGGCCAACUUUCAGUCAAAUCUGCACCUUAAUUCAGAAACAGCUGGAUGCCAUUAAGGAACAGGAUUAUAAAAACUUGCCCUGCCCCAGAGAGGAGGAAGACAGUGGAUGUGAGCCUGCCAGCGACUUUGAAGAAUCCUGUGAGGCAGGAGAAGCGGAGCAGCCUCUUCUUAACAGCAACAAUUAUCAGUUUUGUUAGGGUGUGUGUUCUGGGCCUUCUGGAUGAUGAAAUGCCAGCUGAGAUUGAACUUGGAUUUCAUGCAACCCCAUCCCUUUUUGAGGCUUUUUGCAUCAGAAAACAAGACAGUCAUACGUAAGUCACAGACUGGGAUCAUGCCUUUCACUGACAGCAGAUUCCUAAAUUCUUCAUUCUUCUUGAUUUUAACUACAGGCAGGCAGGGCUUUAUCACUGUUGAUGUCUUAAAGUAGGCUAUAUUUGACGUUGGAGAAUCGGGGCAUCAUCUUUGCAGAAUGGGAGAGAUUGUUAAGUGCAAACGCAGAAACAAGGCUUAACAAAGUAGAUGGACUUCUUUUAUUUUCUCUACACUUUUCUGCUACAAGCUAUCAAACCUAUAAACUAUCAUAUGGGAGAGGAAAAAAAUUAGAUUACCCACAUUUUGAACCAGAUGGGGGGCUUUGCGGAGCAAGAUCAGGGAACAGAAAGAAGUAGAGGCAUUCCCAUGGUAACCUGCUGUUCUACAGUCAUUUCUUGCAGCAUAGGUGGGCAGACUGAAAUCCACGGCAAAUAACCAAACCAAAAGGGGACAUUGUUGGAAGAGGUGGUCUUUGGCAACAUGAGGGAUUGUUAAAGAUAAGGAGGAUCGUGGGAAGAUUUCUCGAGACACAUUGCAUUCAUCUCAUCCUUGAAACAACCUCCAAAGCUGGAAAAAAUACCCAAAUUGUACCAUUUUGCCACUGAGUUUUGGCAUGGGUUGAAAGGAUGAGCCAAAAGUUGCCCACCCAACAUAGAAAAGAAAAUUGCUGAGCCUAUAAGAAAGAAAAUAAAUCUAAUUCUCGUAAACUUUUUUUUUUAAAGCUUCAAGGUAGCAACUCUAUUUUUCUCUCAUAUGGCAUUACCAUUUCAGAACAUGCAAAUUACAUGGCAUUGUUUUGCUAUUUGAAUGUUAUUACUGAAAAAAAAGAAUAUAAGCUACUCACUGACCCUCUGUAUUGAACUGGCAUAAAGCUCCCAAUAAAUUAAUUACAGGUAGUCCUCUACAAUUGAGCCCAGAAUUUAUGUUGCCAAGUGAGAAAUUUGUUAAGUGAAUUUUG